CAACAGUUUCGUUCCGGGCGCGCAUGCGCAAAGGUUCUCGCGACAACGAAGAAAGAAAGAAAGAAGAGUCAGCUUUUGGAAUACCCAGAAACACACCUUUGGAAUAGGCCCAUUAAAUAAAACAAAUAUUAAAAGAAAACUCCAAAAAGUAGUAAGAGUAAACGGAAACAUUUAAGAUGCGUAGAAGAGCUGCCCAUGGCAGGCUCCUGUUGCUUUGCCUGUGGGCAACAGCGGCGAUGGCGCACAUUCGCAUCGAGGCGCCUGAAGUGCAUUUUGCACCCAGCUAUAAGCCAGCCUUUGUGCGCGCUGCAGUGGAGAGCAUGCCCCUUGAGGAUGAAGCUGGUGCACUCAGCCGGUUCAGCAUUCGCCCGACAUUCGGAGACACUUUUCUGCCACUGCGCAGCGCCGUUGAAAGCGUUCCCAGUAUCAACGAGAAGAAUGCAGCACAGCUGCGGGAAUCCUCACCACUGAGGUCUUUUGUGCGAGACUCUGUGGAGGCGCAACCCAGUGACGAUGAAGAUGAGGACGAGUCCGAGUUAGAUGGACUCUCAGCUAGCUAUGUGCGUGAUAUACCAGAGGAGCAGCAACAAGAAAAGCUGACACAGCUGGUUGAACCCGAUCCCUGGUCAGUUUCAGAUAAAUACGCAGCCUUCAUAGUGCCCAGCGCCGAUGACAACUAUCGACCACAACCUUAUCGCUUCGGUUCUCCGCAUCAGCAACUCCUCAAGGCUGUGGACAUUGAACAGCUGGAACAUAUUGACGAGCUCGAUGGCUUUACGGAACAGCAGUAUUAUGGUGCUUUAGCUCAAGCUGAGCUCGCAGACGCUGGUGCCGCUUAUGGUGCCCUGUCCCAGGUGAAGGCAACAACACAAAAGAAGAACUACAACAUGGAACCUAAGGUACUGUGCUACAUGUCCAACUGGGCUUUCUAUCGUAAGGCAGAUGGACACUUUGUGCCCGAGCAACUUGACCCCAAGCUAUGCUCAGCUAUUGUCUACUCUUUUGCCUCCUUGGAUCCCGAUCAUUUGACCAUCCGAGAGUUUGAUCCCUGGGUGGAUAUUGAGAAUCAAUACUACAAACGUGUUAUCUCACUGGGCGUUCCGGUGCUCAUUGCCAUGGGUGGCUGGACGGAUUCCAGUGGCGACAAGUAUUCUCGCCUUGCCGGUGAUGAGAUCAAGCGCAAGGUGUUUGCAUCGAGUGCAACAGGAUUCCUUCAACGUUACGGCUUCAGUGGUCUGCACCUUGACUGGAAUUACCCCAAGUGCUGGCAGAGUGAUUGCACCAAAGGCCCAGCCAGCGAUAGGCCCAAUCUGACUAAACUGUUGCGUGAGAUUCGCAAUGAGAUGAAACGCGUUAAUCCAAAGAUGCAAUUGGGCGUGGCCAUUUCCGGCUACAAGGAGAUCAUUAGCGAGGCCUACGAACUUGCUGCGCUCUCCGAGAUCGUGGACUACAUGACAGUGAUGAGCUACGACUAUCAUGGCUCCUGGGAGGGUCAGACCGGACAUGUAAGUCCGCUAUACGGCCGUCCCCAGGACAAGUAUCCGCAGUACAACACGGUCUACACCAUGCAGCUGCUUGUGAAGAUGGGCGCUCGUCGUGAAAAGCUCAUCAUGAGCAUUCCCUUCUACGGUCAGACCUUUACUCUGGAGCAAAGCAGCCAGCGGCUGAUUGGAGAGGGUGUGCCCACCAAUGGACCUGGCGACGCAGGCGAACUGACCAAACAGCCCGGCAUGCUAGCCUACUAUGAGAUAUGUCAACGCAUUCGCAAGCAGAAGUGGCAAACCGGCAGGGAUUCCGAUCGCAAGAGCGGUCCAUAUGCCAUGUCCAGGGAUCAGUGGGUUGGCUACGAGGAUGCAGCCAGCGUGGAGGCUAAAGCACGCUAUGCAGUCAACAAUGACUUUGGUGGCGUUGCUGCCUGGACAAUUGACUUGGAUGAUUUCCAGAAUCGCUGCUGCAGUGAAUCAUUCCCGCUUCUCAAAGCGCUCAAUCGUGCCCUGGGUCGUCUCAACUCGGAGCCACCAACGAGAAGCAACUGUGAGCGACCAGCUCAACCCGUGACUCCGGUGCCGCCUCAAAUGACCACCAUAAGCAGCGACGGCUCUGCCGGAGGUGGAGCUCCUCAGCAUGAUCACACCACUUCCUGGCCAAGUUGGGAAGCAAGCAGCAGUACCACUAGCAGACCUUCGACUAGUACCACCACCACCAAGCGGCCCAAGACCACAACUACACCAGCCUGGUGGACUUCUACAACAACUAUUUCGACCACAAGCACAACAACUACGACAACAACAAAGCGUCCUGCCAAGCCUAAGCCUAAGCCUAAGCCGACCAAGACAACGCCACGUCCGGAGCAUACGACCAUACCAGUGCCUGCAUUGGUUUAUCCUGUUGUUCAGGCCUCCAACUGCGAGCCUGGAGAAUUCUAUCCGGAUCGAACAAACUGCAAUUCAUAUUACCAUUGCAUCAUUGCGGGUGAAUUAAGACAACAAUUCUGCCCUGGUGGUCUGCACUGGAACACCGAGGUGAAGGGCUGCGACUGGCCAGCGUCUGCGAUGUGCACUGUGAAGAAGCAGCAUACGACCAGCCAGCCAACGAGCACUAGAACCAGCACUACUAGUCAACCUAGCACUACCACUAGCCCACCAAGCACCACGAGUAAGCGACCAACUACUACUAGCAAGCGACCAAGCUCUACCAGCAGCAGACCUGGUAGCAGCUCCACCAAGCGACCAAGGAAGACGACGCCCAAGCCCAGUCGCAAACCAACCCAGCAACCAGCAGUGGGAAGCACUACGAAACGACCCCACCGUACCACGCGACGUCCACGACCUCCCACAUCAUCGAGGUGCAAUGAGGGAGAAUACUAUACGCAUCGGAACUGUGGCAAAUAUUACAUCUGUGUGAAUGGAGCCCUCGUUCCCAGUGAAUGUGGUGGAGAGUUGCAUUGGGAUGCACUGCGCAAGAUCUGCGAUUGGCCGCAGAAUGUCCAGUGUGUGACCAGCAAGAAGUAUUUGCGCAUUGUGCAGUCCAAGGCCAGCGAAGAAGAUCCCUGCAAUGGCGAAGAACGUGUUCCUUACCCAGGAGACUGCAGCAAGUAUCUCUUCUGCCUAUGGAAUCGACUGCAGGCUGCAGAUUGUGCCCCCGGUCUGCACUACAAUGAGGCGUUGGGCAACUGUGAUUGGCCAGCAUCAGCGCAUUGCAAAGAAGAUGCGGAGAAACCCCCCUCUAUUGGGGGCUCAACCUCCAACAAACCAAAGCCUCCAGCCGCUGCUAAGCCUGUUCCAACCACCCAAAGACCUAGCACCACACCUAGACCAACUUAUCCCACGGACAAGCCACAGCUGCAACCACUCGAUGGUUACUACAAGGUUGUCUGCUACUUUACCAACUGGGCAUGGUACCGUAAGGGACUGGGACGCUACACACCCGACGACAUCAACACAGAUCUCUGCACACACGUCAUCUAUGGCUUCGCCGUGCUGGAUUAUUCAGAAUUGACAUUGCGCACUCACGACUCCUGGGCGGAUAUCGAUAACAACUUCUAUACACGCGUUAGCGGACUAAAGAGCAAGGGCAUCAAGGUCAGUUUGGCAUUGGGAGGCUGGAAUGAUUCGCAGGGCGACAAGUAUAGUCGCCUUGUGCGCAACGCUGCAGCACGUGCCAAGUUCAUAAGACAUGCACUCGACUUUAUUGAGAAAUAUGGCUUUGAGGGUCUUGAUCUCGAUUGGGAAUAUCCGGUCUGCUGGCAGACUGAAUGCAACAAGGGAUUCGCAGAUGAAAAAGAAGGUUUCACUGCCUGGGUGAGGGAAUUAUCGGAGGCAUUCCGACCACGUGGUUUGCUGCUCUCCACAGCGGUUUCACCUAGUAAAAAAAUCAUUGAUGCUGGCUAUGAUGUAGAGGAACUUUCGCGCUACUUUGAUUGGAUUGCCGUGAUGACCUACGACUUCCACGGACAGUGGGACAAGAAGACCGGACAUGUGGCGCCGCUGUAUCAUCAUCCCGAUGAUGACUACGAUUACUUUAAUGCGAACUACUCGCUUAACUAUUGGAUAGAGAAGGGUGCGCCUUCACGCAAGAUUGUGAUGGGCAUGCCACUUUAUGGCCAGUCAUUUACCCUAGAGAAUGCAAACAAUAAUGGACUGAAUGCCAAGGCACCGGGACCUGGCCAGGCGGGUGAAUUCACCAAAGCAGCUGGCUUUUUGGCCUACUAUGAGAUCUGUGAGCGUGUAAAACAUCAAGGCUGGGAAGUGGUGCAAGAUGAGCGUGGUCGCAUGGGACCAUUUGCGCGUAAAGGAACACAGUGGGUGUCCUACGAUGAUCCGGCCAUGAUACGCAAGAAGUCCCAAUUGGUGCGAGCUUUAGAUCUGGGUGGUGGCAUGGUCUGGGCUUUGGAUCUUGAUGAUUUCCGGAAUCGUUGCGGCGACGGUGUGCAUCCUUUACUGAGGGAAAUUCAUGCAGUACUUAAGGAUUCACCAGGUGGCUAUGAACCGACUCCUGGAUUAAUACCCGCCGAAGCAGAAUCUGUGGAGGACCUGCUCAACCGGAAUACUCCUCCCCCCGAAGAGGCCAGUAACGAGGAGGUGGAAUCAUCGCAGGAGAAUGAAGUGGAUCCCGACGACGACGUUGAAGAGGGUGAAUUUGAAAUGGAACAAGGUUAUCCUGUUGUUGGCGCUGGCACUGGAGAUGCGAAUGACUACAAGGUUGUCUGUUACUUCACCAACUGGGCUUGGUACCGUCAAGGAGGCGGCAAAUUCUUGCCCGAGGAUAUCGACGCCGAUCUCUGUACACAUAUUGUAUAUGGCUUUGCAGUGCUCAACCGUGAGAAGCUAACGAUUCAGCCACACGAUUCCUGGGCAGAUUUGGACAACAAGUUCUACGAGCGAGUUGUCGCCUAUAGAAAGAAGGGCAUCAAGGUGACCGUAGCCAUUGGCGGAUGGAAUGACUCGGCUGGUGAUAAAUAUGCCCGCUUGGUCAGAAGUGCAGCAGCUCGUGAGAGAUUCAUUCGUCACGUGAUGAACUUCAUGGAGCAAUACGGCUUUGAUGGUCUCGACUUAGAUUGGGAGUAUCCGGUGUGCUGGCAAGUCGAUUGCAAGAAGGGCACCGACGAUGAGAAGCAAGGAUUCACCGACCUAGUUCGCGAAUUGUCUCAUGCCUUCAAGCCAAAUGGUUUGCUACUCUCAGCCGCCGUUUCGCCCAACAAGAAGGUCGUCGAUGCGGGCUACAAUGUGCCUGAGUUGUCGCGCUACUUCGAUUGGAUCGCGGUGAUGGCUUACGAUUACCAUGGACAGUGGGACAAGCACACUGGACAUGUGGCACCCAUGUACGAUCAUCCAGAGGGUACCUCGACCUUCAACGCCAAUUUCUCCAUCAAUUACUGGCUCGAAAGCGGCGCAGACCGCAAAAAACUCGUGAUGGGCAUGCCCAUGUAUGGACAAUCCUUCUCACUCGCUCAAUCAAAUGAUCAUCAGUUGAAUGCUCCAACUUAUGGCGGCGGCGAGGCAGGUGAAGCGACUCGGGCACGUGGCUUCCUGGCCUACUAUGAAAUUUGCUCGUACAUACAAAAACGCGGCUGGAAUGUGGUACGAGAUGCCCGUGGCCGCAUGGGUCCGUAUGCAUACUCUAGGGAUCAGUGGGUGUCCUUUGACGAUGCGCCCAUGAUUCGUCACAAGAGCGAAUAUGUGCGUGCUAUGGGCUUGGGUGGAGCCAUGAUCUGGGCUCUGGAUUUGGAUGACUUUAAAAACGAUUGUGGCUGCGAGUCGUAUCCACUGCUGAAGACUAUCAAUCGCGUACUUCGUGGCUAUAGCGGACCACAUCCCAAGUGUCUGCUGGAAAAGAGCGAGAAAACAAUGAUUGCUGGCGACAAGGGCUCUCUGGUGUCCGCAAAACCAACCGUAAACACCGUAACACCAUCACAAGCGAUUGCAACUUCACCAAAGCCUGAUCCUGACCAGCCGCUGGACUGCAAUGGUCGCAACUACGUGGCGCACGAACGUGACUGCAACAAGUACUACAUUUGCCAGUAUGGUGAGCUCAUCGAACAGCGCUGCCCCGCUGGUCUGCACUGGAACGAGAACUACUGCGACUGGCCGAACACUGCGCAUUGCGCUGUGCGCGCAGAUCAGACAACGCAGCCUCCGGUGGUUCAUCGUCCUAAGCCAACCACUACAACUGAGAGUAGUCGUCCUGUUACCAAGCCCACAAAGAAACCCUUUAAGCCGCCCAAUAAGAAACCCAUAGCGCGACCAAAGCCAACGCCAGCGCCACCGUUGGGUAGCAAUGAGGACUACAAGGUGGUCUGCUACUUCACCAACUGGGCGUGGUAUCGUCCCGGCCAGGGCAAGUAUGUGCCUGAGGACAUCGAUGCCAAUCUCUGCACGCACAUUGUCUACGGAUUUGCGGUGCUUAACAGCAAUUCGCUGACCAUUAAGACGCAUGACUCCUGGGCUGAUAUUGAUAAUCGUUUCUAUGAACGUGUGGUGGAGUACAAACAGAAGGGUCUGCGUGUCACCGUUGCCAUUGGUGGCUGGAAUGAUUCGCUGGGCAGCAAGUAUGCGCGUCUUGUGCUCGAUCCUCAGGCACGAGCACGUUUCAUUGAGAGCGUGCUGAACUUCAUCGAGAAAUACGGCUUUGAGGGCCUGGAUCUGGACUGGGAAUAUCCGGUGUGCUGGCAAGUGGACUGUGCAAAGGGUGCGCCCGCCGAGAAGCAAGGAUUUGCGGCGCUGGUGCGCGAGCUAUCCGAUGCAUUCCGGCCACGUGGAUUGCUGCUCUCCGCUGCCGUUUCGCCCAGCAAAACGGUCAUCGAUGCUGGCUACGAUGUGCCACAACUGGCACGAUACUUUGACUGGAUAGCUGUGAUGACAUACGAUUUCCAUGGCCACUGGGACAAGCAGACGGGUCAUGUUGCGCCAUUGUAUUAUGUGGAGGGCGAUAGCAAUCCUUACUUCAAUGGCAACUAUAGUAUACACUAUUGGCUGGACAAGGGCACACCGCCCAAGAAGCUAGUGAUGGGCAUGCCACUCUAUGGCCAAUCUUUUUCACUGGCCAAUCAGAAUGCACGCUCGCUUAACGACAAAUCCAUUGGACCAGGACAGGCUGGCACUUAUACAAGAGCUGGCGGCUUCUUGGCCUACUAUGAGAUAUGUGAAAAGAUUAGCAAUGGCGGCUGGACUGUGGUGCGUGAUGAGGAGGGUCGCAUAGGUCCAUAUGCUUACAGUGGCAAUCAAUGGGUCUCCUAUGAUGAUGUUGCCGACAUUCGUCGUAAGUCGCAGUUUGUUCGCAGCCUUAAAUUGGGUGGCGGCAUGGUGUGGGCUUUGGAUCUGGAUGAUUUCCGUGGCCGUUGCGGCUGUGGUAAGCAUCCAUUGCUGCGGACUCUCAAUCAGGAGUUGCGAGGAAUUCCAGGACAACGUGCCAACGAUUGCACUUAAUAAUUCUGUUUUUAUUAAGUGACUAUCGUUUAGUUUAUACACCCGUAUUUUGCUGCUGACUGGGCUCGCAAUCUGUUUUCAAGAUUUUUGCCAAUUAGUUGUAAGCACACACACAUCAAAACAAUAAAUAUAUUUAAAUUAUAUGUUCACUCGAGUCUUCUUUUGAAAGCGCGGCAAUCGUAAGCGGAAAACUUAAAAUUUUCUAGAGUGUGACCAAAGCAACAACGAAAAACUAAAAAUACUGUUACUUAAGUGUGACCGAUUUUGCUGCAGAGCUAAAAGCCCACACACGUAUUUUCACAUUGCUGUACAAUAAAUGUGGUCUGCUUAAAAACAUCGUUCAUUUUAUUAUUAUUUUUAAGUUGACAAAAAUUUAUUACAGAAUUAUCAAACAUUCAGCCAUGAAAAUCAUAAACAGUUAAAUAUAAAUCCAAAUUAAGUGCAAAAAUUAGCAGUGAAUGAUAGGAUUCUUAGCGAAUGGAAUUCGGAAGAAAUAUGGCAAGUCGAAACGUGUGUGGUACGUAGAUAGUAAUAUAUGAGACGUGUGAGGGCGUUCGAACAGCUGUUGCUUCUGGAAUUUCAGUCGCGAAAAAGUACCUGCUAAACUUUAACGAGCGUGAGCGAGAGAGAGCCAAGUUUACACACGCAAAGCUUUAGCUCAAAACCCACUCGGGCUGUCGUCAUCGUUAACAGCAAAUGUGUUAACCAUCGCUUAGUCGAACUGACAACGAAGUUGCAUACGCAACAUAUAAUUUGGUUUGCGGGUCGUGUCGCUGCGUGAAUUAUUGUGUUGUGUGCGUACUAUUUGUUGUUGUGCGUGGCAAAGACAGUGACCAAAGAGACCCAAAGCAGAGCUUGUGUUUUUGUUUACAUAUUGACGGACGCGCACACACGCAAGCACACAUUUGCUGCGUGACUCUAGUGACGUCACAAAUUUUGAUCGUAGCGAGCAUUUGCGUAUUUUGAGAAAUGAGACAGCAAUACUGCGGCGCCUUGGGGCAUCUGAUGCGUCAUUGCCAAACGCAGAUCAGGCUAACAC